AUGCCAGUACAAGAAGCUCAAAACAGAAAGGUUACUAUGAUGGAAGAGCCUGACGUUGAUGCGGUACCAUUAAAACCUACAAAAUGCGAAUUGGAGGUGGACGCGAUAUCCAUUAACGAUUUAAAUAUAAAAGCGGCUUUUAUAGUGACAACAAGAGAUGAAGGAAACAUGCCUAAAGGGUCUAUCAUCAUCAGUGAUCCAGUAGCGCAAUACCUGCAGAGUUUAGGCCCAUCUGAGAAACCAAAACAAAUCUAUGUUGCAAAAGAGUCUCAUGUGUUACAAACUGUCUUCCCUGUGAUUAAUAGAAUGGGACAGAUCGAAUGUUUGUUAGAUGCUGGUUCUCAAAUUAUUGCCAUGGAUGUGGAAGUGGCUAAGAAAUUGGCCAUCUCAUGGGAUCCAGACAUAAAAAUUCAAAUGCAGAGUGCAAACAGGACAGUUGAACAGACCUUGGGUCUUGCUAAGAAUGUACCUUUUAUCUUUGGAACUAUAACAGUAUACCUACAAGUCCACAUCAUCACUGACCCAAAUUAUAAAGACAGGGGACAAACUCUUAUCAUAGUGGAUCCUAAUUCAACACAACAACGUGUAUUACCUACACAUGAAAGAGGAAGACCACCUGUUGUAAUGAAAGCAGAAAUUCCUAAGCCAUCUGAGGAUUUUCUAGUGUUUGGAAGUCUGGUCUCAUGA